AUGGCACUAGAUGGUGUACCGGCAAAAGUCAUCGCCAUAAUCAAGACCUGUUAUCGCUCUACUACUGCGAGAGUUCUGGCCCGCAACAAUCUUCCUCAGUCGUCUGGUAUUCGGUCUGGCAUUCGGCAGGGUUGUAUCCUGUCGCCCAUUCUGUUCAACUAUGUUAUUGGCUGGAUCCUCGUGAGGGCCCUACACGAGAGUGACGGCGUUGAGUUUGCACCCGGACACCGACUGACUGAUCUCGACUAUACCGAUGAUAUUGUCACACUUGCAUCAAGUUUUCGUGAUCUGCAGUCUAUGGUGUCACGCGUGAACGAGUUCGCUAAAUCGGUCGGCUUAUUCAUAAACUCUGGGAAGACCAGAGCGCCUUCAAGCUGCAUCUCUCACCAGGAGAAGGCAGCUCUCGGGAUUGAUGGCUGUAAACUUGAGGUCGACAGUUUUAAAUACCUCGGGUCGAGGCUGCUGCCUAAUGGACAGAGUAAGGACGGGUUUUCUCAAGUCCUAGAAAAUGCCUAUGGAUCCGACGCCACAUCUCCAACGCCACUAAGAUUCGCGUGUAUCGUGCAUCUGUCCGGUCUGUCCUUCUCUAUGCUCAUGAAUGCUGGGAUUUGUGUGUGGAGGGCGAGCGAAAACUGGAGGUAUUUGACCACCACUGCUAGAGGAUCAUCCUUCGAGUGAAGUACACCGACUUCCUCUCAAAUGAGACAGUCUGCGCUCGCUGCGACAGCAUCGAAAGGAUAACCCAGACCAUCAAAGAAAGGCGAUUGAGGUGGUUUGGGCAUGUUCUUCGCCGUCCUCCUCAGGAGCUCAGUGUUACUGUCCUCGAUUCGGCACCGUUACCCAAUUGGAGGCGUCGAAGAGUGAGUAAACUCAAAGCCUGGCUCGACACAGUUCAUCAAGACAAGGAGGUGGUUCUUGGACCUUCGGUAUUCGGUCUCCGUCAUUGGCGAAGAGAAUGGGUUGAACAACCCAGAUCUGCUGCCGCAGAUCAUCACGCGCGGAUAGGAACAGUAUAGGAUAUCAUCGAGGCCGGCUAAAUCAGGUAUGAUCGCAGUCGUACCAAGUACAAGUAAGUAUUUUAAAGUAAUCCCGUGAAUGUACUUCUGGGUGUUGUUACUGUUGUGGCUAGUAUUUAACCCAGAGGUUGUCGAUUAGAAUCUUUGUGUUACAGAAAGGGGAGCUGGCAAUGCAGCAGUAAAGGACGUCCGAGGAGCGAGACGAGUGGCGAGUGGGAAAGGAGCAUUUGUAGGAGUAACUAGGGAGACUAAAUUGGCCGAUCUGACAGCAGCAGCAUGGACUGCCGGAAGACCGGAAGAGUUAAUGCUGCCGCUACCCUCACUGCCACUGGAACCCGUCUCGAGGCGAGUUCUUUUUACUGAUGGUGACGAGGCGGAGAGGGAAUUCAGACCAGAUCUACGACGGGGAUUACGCAUGAGGGACUUGUACCCCGCGGCAUAAGGGAGUUUUUGAGCACCACUGAUGUCGAUAGUAGCUUGUCCUAGAGGAGGAGAGACUCCGAUGUUGUGGACAUUCAUGGCGGGUAUGAAGUCGGCGGCUGCCGCCGCCGCCGGAUAUUGCGAGACCACUAGGGAGAUGAAAGGCUCGGUGUUAUUUGAAAAAUCCAAGUGCGGAAUUGUCCACUAACAGCGGCCAAAGCUUGGGCUUGCAGUGUCACGUGCAAGAAGUUUCGGGUUGAUAUACAAAUACCUUGUGUCGCAGCUGGGCGAUCGCGCUUUCGAUCCCUUGGUUCUGCGGAUAAGGUUACAUCAGGUUUAUGUGGAUACAACCUGUAUCGCAGCAAGCUAGGUGGGAGAGUUCAAAGCCAUAUAACUAUGAGUUGGAGACUAUAAAUUUAAAAUACAAUUUGAAUUCAGACCACUUUAUAAAGUUCUGAGUAUUGAGUUCAUCAAGACUGCUUUCUGCGGAGAUUAUCUUUGCAUCACCUUACACCCCACUCUGACUCUCCUUUAAACGACAUUUUGACGUUAGUGGUUGGUUAGUCCAUUGCCUGUGUACCAAUGGCUUUUCUGUCCUGAGGAACUGUUGCCCUCUUAGUCAAGACUAGGGUCUAUGCUUGAUUCCUCUCAGCUGAACCGCUUUCAUACAAAAGGAAUUUCUUGGGGAGCACCUACGCUCCGAACGUCAGGUCCACUGUCACUUCACAUACAGAGGGUCAGACUCUUCGACUAUGAAUCCCUCGCAAUUGCGCAUGUUAUCAUACUAUGCAGACUUGCUUGGAGCUCGGUUAAUCCGAAUGUCGUCUGAAGCUAAACGUUGUGUUCCCAACAAAAGCUCACGCCAGCCCAGUUUGCGUUGUUUGCCUCGAUACCGCCUCCAAACUGGUGUCAGCAGAGCUACUUUGUCUGAAUGUGAUAUGUUCCCCCAAGAAAAAAUAGACAAAUCGCGGUGGAUACCCAGUCCGAAAGGCAGCUUCAGCAUGACAAAUUUAUUUUAUGGCUGUGCACGACUGUCAUGUCACAGUGUCGCCAUAAUACCUUACAGCACCUCAUGCAAUAGACACUGUCAGACCCAAAACCCUCGCAUCCUUUUAGCAUUACUGUUGGUAGGCCACGACUGUAAGCCACAGCAGGCUACCGCCGAGGACGCUACCAUUACCAGUCACCCAUAGACGGGACGAGGAGCCAGUAGCUAGACCAACAGACAGCCNAGCGCUGAGAGGGGAGAUGCGAUAGUGACCAGCUCGGAAAUCUAGGAUUUCAGGCUCUCUGUACGAUCGUCAUCUUGCAGGUUCGUUGGUGCAUCGCGAAGAAAUCCUCAUGAUGCUUUUCGCUCAUUCGGACAAGGAGAGUUGACGUGAGGGAUGUUGCUAUAUAUUUUCACCCCUCUUGCCUACAGGACAUGUCAUACUUGCUUUUAUUCGUGCUUGUUACAGCUGGGAUAGUACCGGACCUAGCCAGCCUCGAUGAUAUAUCUGAUCAUGCCACGUCGCGCACGACAGCCCACGGCGGCUUGUCUGGAGAGAUCACACCAGACUCCUCCAGUGGUGCAGGUAAAGUGCUGGUCGAAGAACCGCCUCCAUGUUUAUACGUACUGUGCGGAGCCGGGUUCUGUGUGGGCAGCUGUGUUAGUCCAAGGGCAACGAUACAGACCUCGUGGGGCAAACGGCGAUGAACGUGCCUACACCACGUAAGUCGUUUUCCUGCGAUACCCUCGCAAUGUUGCUGCAGCGAAUAGGAAGUGUUACGCUAAAAGCGAAGUCAAUAUGCGUCUCAUAAAUGAUAGUUCUCGGGCGACGGCAGUCAAACCCAGCUUUCUAUCAUCCGCAUGGCUCAGCAUUCGUAAGUGUAGAGGAGGACUGGCUGGACGGGGGCCCGGUUCAUUCAAGUCUUUCCGGCGGCAGAGGUGUUUAAUUGGACCAGUAAACGCCUCCUAAAGACCAAAAACAUAAACAGCAUUUAUCCCUGAGGCGAUGUCUUCUCUGUUCUGCUCAUUGGGUAGCAGCCUCUCCGAGGUAUUCGGAAGUGUCCACGGCUUCAAGUUGGCAACAAUGUUAUCCACAGCCUUGAUGUAUAAGCCGUCAGAUCUAUUGACAUUAUUCACCCACAUCAGUAGGCUUUGUAGGCCAUCAAAACAUGGCGCAAGCGAUAUCGGCAGCAGGGUCCAAGUCAGUUAGCUGGCGUUUGGGUGCGAGAAUUCAGAUAAUGGCGUAUCGAAACAAUGGGCAACAGAAUGCAAUCGCGUCUAACAUUCUUCCCUCACAAAAACUGCCAAAGAUGGUGUACUGCCGGAGUCACAUUACCACCACACCGUCAUAGAGUUGCCCCAACACUUGCGCAAAUCGUUUCGGACGAACUAUUACCUGCACCUGGUACAGAUGUGAUGAUGCCGGACCUAGUAGACCUCGAUAAUGUCGCAGGUUAUGUCUCUCCACGCGUGACAACCCGUAGCGGCAAAUCAGGAGAGAUCGCCCCAGAUUCCUCAUCAAUGAUGUAGAUCAAUUACCGGCCGAAAAACCAUCUCGAUGUCUCAACAGACUGUGCUGAGCAAGGUUUUAAGUUGACCCCUUCUUCGAUGCCUCCAGACGGUCAGCCGUGUCAAUCUAAGGGCAGCAACACUGGGUUCCUGGGGCGAACGACGAUGAACCUACCUAAACCACUUCAGUCGUUUCUCUUGGAUGGCCUGAGAUACCCUCGCAAUAUUGCUGCAGCGAGUUCGAACUGUCUUAUUAGGGACAAAUUCACCAUACUCCAUGUGAGGAAUGGUUUUCAAGCAACGGCGGCCAAACACUUCACUCUUCCAUCAUUUACGUCUAGGAGUCACCAUUCAUAACCGUACAGGAAGAUUGGCCAGACGGAAGCCCGUUAAGUGUAGGUCUUCUUAGUGCGGGAGAUAUUGAGUCGAGCCCAUGGGCACUUCCCAAGACUUGUGAAAACACCGCGUGCAACGUUUAUUCCGGAGAGGUUAUUGUCUCUGCUCUGCACAAUUCGCAUAAGCAUCUGUCCGAGGUAUUUGAAACUGCCCACUCUAUUAAGUAGGCAACACCUUGUUUUCCACAGCCUUGACGAAUAAACAGUCUGAUUUAUCGACAUGAUUCACCCAUGACAGUAGGUUUUGUAGGGUAGUGACAUUAAUAGCAUGAUUCAGGCCAGUUAGCUGGCGCUUGGGUGUGAAAUCGACACCAUGAGGUCCGUGUAGAAACACUCGGAAUUCAACUAAUGGCGUAUCUAAACAGAAUGGGCAACAGCAUACAAUCGUGUCUAACGCCAGAGGGAAUAGCGAGCGACUGUGAAAGACCGCUUUGAACCGGAAUUUGCCCACCGGUGGUGAUAAAGAAGGUCUUAAUUAUGAAGACAACAGUCAAUGAAGUCAACAAAAUAGGUAACCAUUGGUCGCUGGUAGUAAUGGUGGAGUCGGGAAGUGCGCCGCGAUAUGAAUACUUGAUCAAUGCAUACGUGCCCAGCUCGGGACUUGGCUUAUUUGGAUCUCGUACCAGAGGCACGCAUAUUGAAACAGCCUAAGAAUUAGAAUGGGGACGGCGUUUGCAAUAAGAUCGAUGAGAGUCAUUCUGUGGUAGUUCUCAGACUUUUUUAUCUCCCCUCUUGAUGGCGGGCACAGGGGUAGCCAAUCUCCUGUCAUCGGGAACGAAAUCAUCUCCUCACUCCUGUUAAACCACCUCAUGAAGCCAGGGCGCCAAUGUCAACUAAAGACUUGUAGAUUUCAGAAGAAUACUAUCCUCUAAGCGCCUUUUGCGCAGUCUCCGUAUCGUAUCGACGAAUUCCCCCAAGAAUUGGGGUCACACGACACUGCAGACUGGAGAGGGCUGAGAAUCUGCUGUAAGGGAGAGCAUUGAGAUGAUGGGUUAGCAAUCGAAGUCGUGAAGGUGCUGGGGAGUUUACACUAGUGCUCUGCUCUGACUGAAUAAUCGUCAAUAAGGUUUCAGCCAAAAUCUGGACCGGAGUCACUCAGUGCCGAGGGGCAACAACCGAUUAUGGUGGACGAUUCUAUAGAGUUAUUGAGUGUUACUAACGCUCAAGGCCCGCUCCCAUGAAGGUGUCCACUUCAGCCUAAUAAUUGUCGAGGACACCUCAGGCUGAUUUCCGGAGUUGGUGAGAAGAACGAUCUCACCGAUCUCAGGAACGAAAGACCCGCUGCCACGGCAAGAAACUUCUAGAGUCGUUUGUCGGAUCUGGUGCAGUUGCGGACAAAGCAACUACGUCGGAUAAACCGGAAGACAGCUCCGAACGAGAAUGGCCGAACACGCUGCAGUGGUGCGGAGAAAUGACACUAGCUCUCAAGUCGCGGCUCAUUCGACGAGAUCCGGCCACACAGUCAAAUUUGACGAGGCCGCAAUUCUCGCAAGAGGUGACAACUGCGUGAGCGGGGAGCUUCUUGAGUCAUGGUUUACUGCCCCCUGUUCAUUAACAAGUGCAAUGAUCUUCCCCUUCCAUACUCGGUGCUGAGAUUUCGCCUAGGCGGAGUAAUUAGUCACGCGGGGGGCGUACAGGUGAACACUUUUCCCAACACCAGGGUCGAUGGGUCAGAUGGUCGAGCAAUCAUCACACCAACAUCCAACGCACGUGAGGAGAUUGCAGCAUUUAACGGCGCGAAUAUCGGCCAUCAAACUGUCAUCACACCACGUGCAACGAUCCCUAAUGAAGGGGGGAGCCGUAAAUAUUAAUAGGUAUGCGGUAGCAUGACGACUGCAUCCUUUAAAUACUGCAGUCCCUUGUGCACGAACCGCCGGUAUCUGCUUUUGUCUCUGAUGAUGGGGUGGAGUAGGAAUCCGAAACGUCAGACGAAUAAAGCUCUUGUCCCAUCGAUCGUGUCUCCUUCCUUAAGAACGAUCUUUGUUUCACCUAACUGGAUUUGUACGUACAGGCAGCUCUAAGGUUCUCCAGCUGGUUCAGUCACCACGGUGACAUUGGGUGAAUCCGUGACUCCCUUCAAAUUCCCCGGACUGAGGAUUUUAGUGAUAGUUGUUUGCUACUGCCAUUUUUACGCGGGUCGCAAAACGAGGCCGGUGUUUAAUGCCGAGUUCGGCUAUGCUGGGCUGUCCUAGUCAUGUGACAUUAGGCUGUCCUGCACGUGAUAAUUUCAGCGCGGAAGAAAGGUGAACUUUCAGGCAUGUGUGAACAAGAAUAUGGUCUGACCUAUGAGGUUUACCAUCGCGCACACAUCUACGACACUUUGAAUUAACUAGACUGUAGUCAAUCUGGCUGGUCAAACUAUCAUGUGCUGUGGUGCUGGAAGGAGCUGUUAUUGACGAUUAGUCGCAAGAGAGUCAAGCUUGGAGCAGCUAAUACGGUGACCUUUUUAACAGUUGCCUGACCUAGGCUCGGCAAGCGAGUGUCUCCGCCAACUCUUGCGGAUGCAAGUAAAAAGCCUUUUAACCGUGCUGGUAAGCACCUGAUGUUGGUGCAUGCAGGGAUACGGAGAAGAUGCCGCGAAACGUCUUUCCAACCGUGUGUGGGCCGACUGUCCCACGCAAGCAGCGUAUGGUUUAUUUGUUGCGAGAUGGCGAUCGCAACACCGCAUCACCAGACGAGUUGUGUAGGCCUCUGUAUUACAAAAAGCGAGAUAGAGUUGCAUCCCGGAAUCUUGAUUUUCCGAAAGCCCGAGUUCAAAAGUCGAACUUAAGACGGGCAGAGGACACCCACGCUGUACCGAUAAAUUUCAAGUGUCGGCAGGUAUUGGGUAGUAGAGUUCAGAGACGUUAGUACAUAACACCACUCAAUAUCAAGAAUCCGUCACCGACUGAGUAGUCCAGCCCGCAAACUAUUCACCGUAGCCAUUCCAUGCUGAAAACUGCAUUCUGUAAAAGGUCGAGCUAAUAUUAGGGGUCCGAUCUGCGAUUUCUCAUGGACUGCGGAGAUUCUGAGAACUGUGGCGCCAAGAUAAAAUAAUUUGUCAAAAAGGUCGCGGGGACCGCAGGUUCGCUGUCGGUUCAAUUUUUACAUCCGUAGGCGAACCCCUUUGCUCGUCUAACUUAGUUUUGGCGUUGUAUGUACAGUGAUUGGUCAGCAGAAUGACGUGGGUCUUUUCGUUGUGAAAAUCUUCAUACAUAUUCAAAUAUUGUUUCCACAGUUUUCAUAUAUGUUCCCACAGUUACUAUAUCUGGCACUUACUGUUCUUCUAUCCUAUUGGUUAUUCGUUUCAUUGGUCUCUGGUCUAUCAUAAAUUUGCAGGCGGCGGAGUCUUCAAUUGCCUUUCAUUCAUUCAGACAUGCCUUUUGUUUAUUUUUCAUUUAACACGUUCGCUUCCGUUGCUAUAUAUGGGUAGAAGAAGAAUUUCAGCGGAAAUAUAUCUAUUUUUAAGUGUUAUUGUAUGAAUUUCGCUCCCCCCUACGCGUUGAUGUCCCACCCGUAAAACUCCUACUACCACCAUUCCCGUAUUACACGGGCCUGACAUUACUGGUUGCGAAGUGGGGUUGCACAACUUACCGUUGCCCCCUUUUCUUUUAGAUUGUCAGUGGAGCAACCGACCGAAAAGGAAAACGACGCUAGUCGUUCGAGAACUAUCGCGCUACAAGGUACACAUUGCUGCUCUCACGGAGACCAGCUUCUCCGAACAGAGAAAACCGGGGAAAUGGGUGUCGGAUAUACCUUCUUCUUGAGCAGCUACCAAAAGGCAGAGCGACGCGACACUGGUGACGUCUUUGUCAUCCGAAACGACAUCGCGGGACGACUGCCCUGUCCGCCACACAACAGCAACAAUCCUGCGCCCGCAUAA